CAGAGUCACUAGCGCCACGUGUCAAUAGGGACGGUUGUUGCGACUGCAAAACAGUCCUGUUGAUCCGACAUUUUAUAAACAAUCAGUGUUUAUCUGGGCGAUUUUGGUAGUGACAAUAUUGGGUAGAAUUGAUCUAGCAAGAUGACAGAUGAAUCAAAUGGAGAGUCGACGUUUGAGUUUGUGGACAAGAAGGACGAUAUCUCGGUUGGGGGUGACAACGUGAGAUCUGACUCCACCAGCAGUCUGUCGUCCUCUGCGUCCUUGCUACCCCCUGUGGGCAUCUCCCCGUCAACGGGAAGUCUGUUGUCGAAUAUAGCACCUCCAUCAGCACUUCCCAGUUUCGUGGCAAGCCCAGCCCCGGUGGUUGUCCCCCCCAGUGAUCCAGCACCUACAAACGUGCCCAUCGAGGCCAAUGUCAUCGUCCAGACGAAGCAACCCCAGCAGGGCCAGCAGGUACUCCCCUCGACGUCAGCCCCCACCGAUGCGCCCGAGGGGACAACUUUCCAGGAGUCACUGCCUCAGGAACUGGGGACUGUCGGCGGGGCUCUUUUCUCCUGGGUGAAGGACACUGUUGUCAAUAAUUCCAUGCUGAGUAAAGUCGCCGAAAAAGCCAAAAGCAGUGUCAAUUCUAUGAUCACCACCCUGGAUCCCCAGAUGCGUGAGUUCAUUUAUUCUGGGGGUGAUGUCGAAGUCGUCGUUGCUUCUAACAAGGAGAUCAAAGUCAGCCCCGUUCGCGAGGCCUUCCAGGGAGUCUUUGGAAAAGCCACUGUCAGUGGUGUAGCUGUGGAUACAUCAGCAGUACCGAAGACCCCUGUGGGUUUCGACGCCGGUGUAGCAGCAGCAGAGAUGAGGAUAAAAUACGCGAGAAACGCCCACGAAAUCCCCCAGGAAGUGCCGAUUGUUGGUGUGCAAAGCUUUUUGUUAGAAGUCGGACGGGACAAGUGGUACGAACUGGGCGUUAUCCUUCUGGAGGACCAGAAGAAUAAAGUCAAUCUGCAGACGUUCACGCAGAUGACGCCGGUGCCCAGCCCAAUAGUCACAGCUGCCAAGGAGGCGACUCCUGGGGACUAUCCACUGAGGUCUCUAGGGCUGGCUGUACAUAUUGGGGCUUCUAUGGCCACCAAUUUACAGGUCGGAUACAACGAGUGGCAUCACGCAUUGACUGGUGUCUCGAGGAGAGACACUAUUCUCCUAGCAGCCCAAUCCCUAGCUGGUCUCUACAAAAACACGAUCAUGUCCGUGUAGUACUGAUAAAUUUUACUAUGAAUAUUUUGUACAUAAACUUGCAAGAACAUUGCCGUCUCAUAAUUACCUAUAUAUAUAUCGUAAAUAUCGAUGAGUAUCAGUGAAGUGGUAAAAUGUUCGUUGAAUAUGUACUCAUCUCGACGAGGCAGUAAUUCUCUUCUCGGAAUUACUUAUUCAGGAGGUGAAUACACUAAACAACAAAACUAUAAAAUCUUCACUACUUCAAUGUAAUCAAUAUUUUUCAGUUUCUAUUGUUAAACUGACCUAUGCUAACAAAUCGAAAUAAUCCUUACAAUAAUUUUAUGUUAGGAAUAACAGAUGUAGUAUUUCAUAAUGAAUUGCCGAAUUCGAUUCUGUUAAGUUGUUUCUGAUUCAUUUAAAUAAAUAUCACUAUUUUCAUUAAAUCCUUUUCAUCGCCCGAUUUUUCUCAAUACUUUCCUUACCGAAAACCUUUUGUAAAAAUUUGAUAAUUGGAACCUCACCUCUGUCAUUUCAUCGCCAUAAAUUCCCAAGCAUUUUUAAAAUAUUUUUUGUUUAAUUGUAUGAAAGGAUAGAAAGGAAAAACAAAAAUCAUUUUAUUCAUCAGUUUCUGUAUUUUCAUGUAUAUUCACUCGGCCCCGAAUACACAGUGCAUUAUCCUUAAAUUUUCAUCUCAUUCGUUCAGUCAUUUUGAAAAAGGGAGGAAAUGAAAAAAAAAAACAACCCGAUUCAGGUAAAAAGAAACCAGAUGAA